AAAAAAAAAAAAAACUAACUUCAUUACAACCUGCAAGAAAAGAAAACAAUGGCCAAAGUAGAAGAAGAGACAGCUAAACAAAAGCCUCGUAUUCUUGUCGUUCCAUACCCUGCACCAGGCCACCUAAAUCCUGCACUUGCAUUUGCCAAGUACUUAGCCUCAAAGGGUCUAUCGAUCACCGUUAUCAUCACCACGAAUUUGAGCAAAUCUGCCAAAUUUUCGUCAUGCAGCUCGAUUACCAUAGAGAACAUAUCUGAUGGUUCGGAAGAAGUUAAAGAACCCGAGUCCAUCGAAGGCUACUUCAAACGGUUGAAAACCGUGCUUUCACAGAACCUGGCAAAUUUCAUCGACGAACAGAAAAGUCGCGGUUCUUGUGCUAAGCUUAUUAUGUACGACUCAAUAAUGCCGUGGGUUUUGGACGUAGCACACGUGCGAGGCUUGCUUGGAGCUUCGUUUUUCACUCAGGCUUGUGGUGUUUGUGCUAUUUACUACCAUAUGAAACAAGGGUCGUUGAGAAUUCCUCGUGACGAAGAAGAUUCCAGGUUAUUAUCUUUGCCUUCACUGCCUACACUCGAGACUAGAGAUUUGCCUUGUUUUACUGGGAUUGGGGGCGCUAGUCAAACUGUUCAGACACUUCUCGCUGAUCAGUUUUCGAAUCUUGACCAAGUGGAUUGGAUCUUUUUCAACACAUUCGACAACCUGGAAUACGAGGUAGUGGAUUGGAUGGCAAAACUAUGGCCAAUCAAGACCGUGGGUCCCACAUUCGCAUUACUGCAGAAAGACGAGAAACUUUCGGACAACAAGAGCCACAUGAUUAGCCUAUUCGAGCCAAACACCACCACCUGCAAAGAAUGGCUAGACUCGAAAGAAACCGCCUCUGUUGUUUACGUUUCAUUUGGAAGCAUAGCAUCGCUCAGAAAAGAACAAAUGGAGGAACUGGCAAAUGGCCUAAUAAUGAGCAACCGCCACUUCUUAUGGGUAGUAAGAGCUUCGGAAAUGGAAAAGCUACCUCCGAAUUUCACUUCAUUGACAUCAGAAAAGGGGCUAAUAGUCGAAUGGUGCCAUCAAAUGGAGGUCUUGGCUCACCGUGCCUUGGCGUGUUUUAUGACUCACUGUGGGUGGAAUUCAACGCUCGAAGCGUUGAUCAAUGGGGUGCCUCUUAUAGCCAUGGCUUGGCAGAUUGACCAGACGACAAAUUCCAAGUUUAUCGAGGAUGUUUGGGGAGUCGGGGUUCGAGUUAAGAGUGGUGAAAAUGGAAUUGUUGGUCGAGAAGAAAUUGCAACGUGCAUAGAAGAAGUUACUCAAGGAGAUAAAGGGGUGGAGAUCAAGACAAAUGCUUGUAAGUGGAAGGAAUUGGCUAACGAGGCAGUAGAAAAAGGCGGAACAUCUGCAAACAACAUCGAAGACUUUGUUUCGAAACUUAUGUCUAGCUAAAUUGUUGUCCCUUGUAACAUCAGAAAACGAGAUUUCAUAUAAUAAUUGUGUUAAAAUUGAAGAUGGCUUUUAUACA